CUUCAUGCUUUUCUUAGAAGCAUCUCAUUCAACAACAGUGCUGGUGACAAAGUGUCCUUUGAUGAGAAGGGUGAAUUGUUAGCUGGAUUUGAUAUUAUCAAUUGGGUCACUUUCCCAAACAAAUCUUUCCUAAAAGUGAAAGUAGGAAGAAUGGAGCCUCAAGAACCACUGGACGGACAGAUCUCCAUCAAUGAGACAAUGAUUACAUGGCACAACCAAUUGAACCAG